GUAGCUUUUGCUCCUACUCGCAGGUGCUGUUUCGCUGCCUUAUCUGUCUCUGUCUCUUUGUUCUUGCUUCUCAUCCUUUGCUUCAUGCUCCUCCGUCCUUGGUUAUUCGGCUGGCUGCCAAGACAUGUAGCGCGCCAGGCGUAUAGCAGAAACUAUUUGCUUGCCGUCCAAUAUGGAGACACGGCUUCGGUAAUAUCGCCAACCCGCCGCAUGUUUGACCAGGUGUCCUGUCGAUACGUCAGAGCUAGCACCAGAUCCCAGCGCGAAAGCAUCCCCGAUGGGGAAAUUGACAAAGCAGCGCCGAGGUUAGCUCAACAUGCAGUGCACUGGCAGAUGAGACGAAAGCCCGUGAAGGAGAUGGCCAUCGUCCGAAACAAGUCGUUCGUCGAUCGUCCCUCGAGAGCUUGCUUCAGUUUCGGUCCUUUUUUCUUCGCCCGUUUGAGAGCCGAGAGCCGGUUUCUCGGGUUCGAUGCUCGGAGUCGUGGCUGGCUGUGCCUUAAAAUAAAAUAGCCCAUGGCUUGCUUACCAGGGGGACGAGCCGUGCAUGCAGUUGUUCGUGGCGUCGUCGGUAAUGAUCAGGAUCC